AUGCUGCCCUCCACCACCCGCCAACCCGCGCUAUGCUGCCCUCCACCACCCGCCAACCCGCGCUAUGCUGCCCUCCCACCACCCGUCAACCCGCGCUAUGCUGCCCUCCCACCGCCCGUCAACCCGCGCUAUGCUGCCCUCCCACCGCCCGUCAACCCGCGCAAUGCUGCCCUCCCACCGCCCGUCAACCCGCGCAAUGCUGCCCUCCCACCGCCCGUCAACCCGCGCAAUGCUGCCCUCCCACCGCCCGUCAACCCGCGCAAUGCUGCCCUCCCACCGCCCGUCAACCCGCGCAAUGCUGCCCUCCCACCGCCCGUCAACCCGCGCUAUGCUGCCCUCCCACCGCCCGUCAACCCGCGCUAUGCUGCCCUCCCACCGCCCGUCAACCCGCGCUAUGCUGCCCUCCCACCGCCCGUCAACCCGCGCUAUGCUGCCCUCCCACCGCCCGUCAACCCGCGCUAUGCUGCCCUCCCACCGCCCGUCAACCCGCGCUAUGCUGCCCUCCCACCGCCCGUCAACCCGCGCUAUGCUGCCCUCCCACCGCCCGUCAACCCGCGCAAUGCUGCCCUCCCACCGCCCGUCAACCCGCGCAAUGCUGCCCUCCCACCGCCCGUCAACCCGCGCUAUGCUGCCCUCCCACCGCCCGUCAACCCGCGCUAUGCUGCCCUCCCACCGCCCGUCAACCCGCGCUAUGCUGCCCUCCCACCGCCCGUCAACCCGCGCUAUGCUGCCCUCCCACCGCCCGUCAACCCGCGCUAUGCUGCCCUCCCACCGCCCGUCAACCCGCGCUAUGCUGCCCUCCCACCGCCCGUCAACCCGCGCUAUGCUGCCCUCCCACCGCCCGUCAACCCGCGCUAUGCUGCCCUCCCACCGCCCGUCAACCCGCGCAAUGCUGCCCUCCCACCGCCCGUCAACCCGCGCAAUGCUGCCCUCCCACCGCCCGUCAACCCGCGCAAUGCUGCCUUCCCACCGCUCCCGUCAACCCGCGCAAUGCUGCCCUCCCACCGCUCCCGUCAACCCGCGCAAUGCUGCCCUCCCACCGCCCCCGUCAACCCGCGCAAUGCUGCCCUCCCACCGCCCGUCAACCCGCGCAAUGCUGCCCUCCCACCACCCGUCAACCCGCGCAAUGCUGCCCUCCCACCACCCGUCAACCCGCGCAAUGCUGCCCUCCCACCACCCGUCAACCCGCGCUAUGCUGCCCUCCCACCACCCGUCAACCCGCGCUAUGCUGCCCUCCCACCACCCACAGCUGGGCUGCCCCCCCACCACACCGCGCUGGGCUGCCCUCCCACCACACCGCGCUGGGCUGCCCUCCCACCGCCCGGCAACCCGCGCGGGGCUGCCCUCCCACCGCCCGUCAACCCGCGCUGGGCUGCCCUCCCACCGCCCGGCAGAGCCCCCGCUCUGCUGCCCUCCCACCACCCAGCAGAGCGCCCGCUCUGCUGCCGUCCCACCACCCAGCAGAGCCCCCGCUCUGCUGCCGUCCCACCACCCAGCAGAGCCCCCGCUCUGCUGCCGUCCCACCACCCAGCAGAGCCCACCACCCAGCAGAGCCCCCGCUCUGCUGCCGUCCCACCACCCAGCAGAGCCCCCGCUCUGCUGCCCUCCCACCACCCAGCAGAGCCCCCGCUCUGCUGCCCUCCAGCAAUCCCCAUAUGCUGCCCUUUACCUCCCAGUAUCAAGCCCUACCAACUGGUAUACUCUAGUGGUCCUGCUUUCCCUUUGCAUCAAUCACCUUUUAUAUCCACAUCCACCACACACUAG